UCUGGGACGUAUGUCCCAGCCUGGCUGUGUAAACAAUCUGCAUGAUUUCAAUCAUGUGACACUUUUGUUUUUAUUUUCAGAAAAUUGUCAAGAUCAAAAUUAUCAACCUUGAAAAGGGGAAUAUUAAAAAGUGAUCAUUUUUAUUCACGUGUUUACAAGACAAAAGAAAGGGAGAAAAAAAAGAAAUGUAUUUUCUACCGCGUUGUUUGAUUCAGUGAUAUUGACUUUCUAAGGUGAAUUCAUUGGCAAAGGCAACAUACGUUGGACACAUUAGAGAUUGUACGGGUGAAGAUCAACAAGAGGAAGAUUUUAUUUGAUCAGUAUUAACAGAAACUGAUGCAAAAGUUUACAUACGAUUAAAGGCCGAAGAAAUGGUAGAGCAAUUUCCAAUGGAUUUUGACUUGAUAGAAAAGAUGUUAACUGCUACAGAUAAGUCGUCUGACGAGGAGUCUACAUCCAACUAUUGCAAACCAUGUUUACGGGACAAAAUGUAUGAACAAGCAUCUGUAUAUUGUUGUGAAUGUAGUGAAAUACUCUGUAGCGACUGCAAGAAACAUCAUUCCAAAAAUAAACUGACAACUACAUACACAGUUGUUGACAUGAAUGGUGAUCCCCCCGAAACCAGAAAAUUAAACUAUGUGAAAAACUUAACAAAAUGCACGAAACAUCAGUUGGAGGAAGUGAAAUACAUUUGCAAAGACCACGAUCAAUUAUGUUGUAACGAAUGUGCUAUCUUGACGCAUAGAAAAUGCCAGUCUUUACAGUCAAUAAACGACUGCAUUGCUUCCGGUUUUGAAAAGCGUCAUCUGGAAAAUAUGGAACCCAUGGAAAAACAUGUUGAAAAUAUGAAACUUCACGAAGAAAAACACAAAAAGAGAGUGUGCGAAUCUGAGACUUUGAUUAAACAUCAACUGCUACGUAUUAAGUCAGAGUUUGAUAAUGCCUUUAUUGAUUUCGAAAAGAAAAUCCUUAAAGAAGUAAGAACAAAAUGCACCAAUUCGAGACAUUCCAUUUCUUCACAACAAUCUCGAAUAUACAGUUUUGAAGCGCCGAUUUAAAACGUUCAAAAGAAAAGAUAACAUCAGUUGAACAAUAUGGUCAAGAUUUGCAUGCUUUUCUUAUGAAAAGAGCGAUGGAAAGGGAGAUGCAGCAGAACGAGCAGACAUUACAAAGAUUGCACCAAAGCACAAAUCGUGUAGAAGUAUCAUUGACUGGCAAAGAAUCUAUAUCUAGAAAGUUUGGCGCGUUUUUUAAAGAAAAUAUUUCAGUAACCGAGAACUACACGUCUGAACUACCAAAUUAUCCGAAGUUUUAUCGAAAAAUAUACCAACACCCUAGAAUGUAUAAAUAUAAUUGAAUCAUGAGAUAUGAAAAAUAAUUAUAUUCCAUCAUAAUUUAUCAUGACUGUUCCAAGAAAACAAGAUAAACAUAAAAAGGGGCCCUGGGGCAACGUGUAUGUCAUUCUGAGAAGAAAUUAUAAUGUUACUUUUAUGGUAAUCUUCGAACCCGAUUACUGCUUCAAAAUUGUAAAAUAAGCCAAAAUAAAUGAUUUUACAAACAAUUGAGGCGUACUUAAAAUCACAAGAAGACUUAAACUAUUGAAUUGAAAACACAUGAACUGAGUUUCCCCAGACCAUUAUUCUACCAUAUGAAAGUCUUGCUCAAAAACGUAAAACUCUUUACCAAAGGAAGUUUAUGAUACAGACAUAAACGUUAUGAAAGGUUGUGGUUUUGAUCUUAAUAAAAUGAUAUAUGAUUGUUUGUUAUUUUACUUUUGCAAUUACUGCCGAUUUUGGUAAGAUAUGUGUUCGGUAUAGACGUAUGUUGCUAUAAUUAUACUGUGGAAUAGACUUGUAUAUAUGAAUAAAGUUAA